GAAAACCCUUUCAGCUGUAGAGAUGGAGGAGGAGAGGCGUCCCGAAGUCCGGGAAGUUGAUGCCUCCUCCCCCUUCAUCAGAGUGUGGGGAGGAGUACAGGCUUGUCUCCAGCCCGGGUGGGAGGGAGUUCCAUGUCGCGAACUGCGAGACAAGGCAAGGACCUGGACUGGAGAAGCCCGGUUUCGAUCCUCCGAAACUCUCUAGUUCCAGACUAGUGUCGCCGAUCCAUGCCUCCCGAAGAGGGCGCAGGAAACGAGAUGGAAGAGCCCAAGUGGCAGAGCUCUGUUGCCCAGGACUGGCUUUGGGCUUCUUAGAGGGACCAGGAGAAAGCACGCACUGCGCCCGCGACAGGCAGGUGGGGUGCCCUGGGCUGCCUAGGGAACGCAGUCCGAGUUCCCCAGGCUGGAGAUUUCUCCAGAGACAAGCUGAACAAACAGAACCCUUAAUAAUGAUGACCAGAGCCUAAUAAAUUGUACUAUGUAGCACGGGAACAAGUGAACUACUAGGAAAAUAAGAUGACUCUAUUUUGGUAUGCUUGCUUCAUAGUUCUACUUAGUUCUUCACUUGAAGCUGAAGAUGAUUGUGUGGAGUUUGAAGAGAAUAUAAUAUUAGUUACUUUUGAAGAUGAGCUUGCUGUUCGUCACAGUAGCUCUAGAGUAUUUGGCCCUUACAGUAAUAUAAGUUGGUAUGGAAGUGAUGGUAAGACAGUCAUCUCUAUGGAUCAGAACUCUAGGGUUCACCAGUACAGAGAGAAGCUUUGGUUUGUUCCAGCUGCAAUAGAGGACUCAGGAUAUUAUUAUCGUGUUGAAAGAAAUUCUACCCAUUGCCGUAAACAGAAAUUCAGGAUAGAAAUUUUGAAGAAGCAUCCUGGAACAUGUUAUGAUGAGCUCUCUGAAUAUAAACAGAAAUUGCUCCCAGGACCUGGUGGCUUCCUUGUAUGUCCCAAUUUGGAUAUUUUUAAAGAUGAAAAUAAUCUGCUUAAAAUUCAGUGGUAUAAGGAUUGCAAACCUCUCCUUGGCAAUACAAAAUUUAAAGUCCUAAAAAAUCAUCUUUAUCUGGGUAAUGUAGAGAAAGAAGAUGAGGGGCAUUAUACUUGCCUUUUAUCCUACGAGUAUAUGGGACAGCAUUAUAACAUUACUCGGGCAAUACAUCUAAACAUUAUAGGGAAAGGAAAGAUAAAUAUACCAAAGAUUCUGAGUCCAGAAAAUAAAACAAUGGAAGUGGAACUUGGAUCCCAGUUGCUUUUAGACUGUAACUUCACAGCUCAAAGGAAUGACGUUCAAUACUGGACUUGGAAUGGAUCAUAUGCUUACAAUGAACCUAAUGUCACAUGGUCUGAACUUUUAGUUCCAAAUUUAAACAAUUUGAACACUGUUACAAGAGUUUCAAGGCUUGUCAUUUUAAAAGUGGAAAGUAGGCAUUAUUUGUACCCAUUUUUAUGCUGGGUUAGCAAUGAUGCUGGUAUAGUAACAACAUAUAUUGCCUUGAAACCAAGAGUCGUAGAUGCCAGAAUGUACCUGAUUGGAGGAUUCAUCUCUUUGGCACUAAUAGUUACAUUCUCUGUGUUUCUCUACAAAUUUUUCAAAGUUGAAAUUGUGCUUUUAUAUAGGGAUUCUUGCCAUCCAUAUAUCCUGAAAAAAGCUUCGGAUGGGAAAGUUUAUGAUGCAUAUAUAUUAUAUCCAAAAAAUUUUGGAGAAGGGUCCACCUACAUCUCAGACAUCUUUGUGUUUAAAAUCUUGCCUGAAGUGUUAGAAAAUCAAUGUGGAUAUAAUCUGUUCAUCUAUGGAAGGGAUGACCUUGUUGGAGAAGAUGCUAUCAUGGCUAUCAACGAGAACAUUAUGAAAAGUAGAAGACUGAUUAUUGUCUUAGCAGGGGAGCAAUCAAGUUACAAUUGGCUGGGAAACACAUCAGAACAGCAAAUAGCUAUGUAUAAUGCUCUUGUCCAAGAUGGAAUUAAAAUCAUCCUGGUUGAACUAGAAAAAAUUAAGAGCUAUGGAGAUAUGCCAGAAUCCAUUAAAUACCUCAGACAGAAGCAUGGUGUCAUCCGAUGGAAAGGGGACUUCAUGGAAGAAUCCCCAUCUGCAAAGACAAAAUUCUGGAGAUGUCUCCGUUACCACAUGCCAGCACAGCGGCAUUGGUCUUCUUCCACAAAGGAACCCCUGGUUCUAGAUUCUGCUCUGAACUCUAAGAAGAAAUAGUACAUGGCACUUUAAGCACUCAGGGAAUUGUUCUGAAAGCCUGAAGCCGUCUGUUUGCUUUAAAAGAUUUCUAGGUUGGACAAUUUGUCAUGGUGACUUUUCCAGUCUUGAGAGUUCUCUCUCUCUGUCUCUCUCUGUCUCUGUCUCUGUCUCUCUCUGUCUGUCUCUGUCUGUCUGUCUCUGUAACUCUCUCUGUCUCUGUCUGUCUGUCUGUCUGUAUGUCUCUCUCUCUUUCUAUUUCUCUUUGUGUGUGUGUGUGUGUGUCUCUCUCUCUCUAUCUCUCUGUCUCUAUAUGUGAGAAUAUAAGACUUAAGAAAGAUGAUAUGAAAUAACAGAAUGGAUUAGAAAUUAGUACCUGUCUAGAAAAAGUAGCUGGCAGACUUGAUCUUGAAGCUUUCCUUCAGAGAGCAAUGUAGCUAGAAAAUUCCUCCCAAAACUUUUUUUAAACUUUGAGAAAUGAAAUUUCAUAGAUAUCUUUGUAUCCUUUUUGCACUUGCUGUAUAAAUCUACAUCUGCUGCCACCUGUCAGUUUCUAAAGAAACAAUAAGAAUUUUAUUUUGAAGCCUUUAAUUACAUUGGUGAAAACAAUUCUCUGGGAUUGCAAAUCUGAAAAUGGGGGGGGGGGAGACUGAGAAAUGAAUGUCAUUUAUAUUGGGAUCAAGAUUUCACUGAAGCACAUAAUAGUUUUUAAGAUGCUGGUCUCAAAAGAAAUAAAAAUACAAGCAUAUCUUAGAGAAACCUAUAUUUCUUCUUAUAAGAUUAUAUUCAUAGAGAUUUUAGAAGGGACUCAGAUAAUUUCAGUUAACAAACGUUUAUUACAAUACAGUGGUACAAUACUUGUGAUAGUGCCACAUAUAAAAAAAGAAAAAAGAGAAAACUUCCUAUUAAGUGCCUUACAAUAAGUUUUAUUUAUAAUGUUCUGCUAAGUAGGUUUGUUAAGAAUCUUGGGAAUAUGAGAAUAAAUUCUAAAACUUAGAAUUGUUGUAACUUAAAAAUAAUAGUGUAAUCUGUGAAAGAAAGAGAAGGUGAAGAAAAUGAUUAAGAAAGAAUGAACACUUAAGAUUUCUAAGAAGUGCAACUGGAGAAGAACUAGCACAAGAAGAUUUAAUUACAUUGGUUUCUCAGAGAGGAAAAUUUUAAUUUUUCAUUCUGGGUGAACUUCUGCCUUUUUGCUUUUUAAAAAACACAUUAGUUUUUUUUCUGGUUGCCUCAGAAAGCUAUAUUCCACCCCCACCCCCCAUUACAUAUCAAAUUAAUGAAAUUUUUAAAAUUGUACUUUUAGUUACAAUGCUGACAGUUUUAGUCAAAAAAAAAAAUUGUGGCAAAUGCAGCAAGGCAACAUCAUUGAGAGAUAUCAGAACUGUCCUAUCAUUCUUCAGAAAGAAAAGCAUUGAGCCAUUUUUUGAUAAACAAUAUUGUUUGUAUGUUUUAUUAUAAAAGCAUGUUUUGUUCACUUGUUUGUAUAACUUCAACAGAUGCUAAAUAUUUUUAUGUAUUAAAACACAAAGUUCUUGAUUUGCAACAAACUUUUAGAUUGGUUCCAAUCUAAUGUAUUUGUUUUCCAAUAAAGUUGUUAUAAACUUGUA